GCAGGAAAAGCCCACAGGCUGAGCACGGAGGAGAGGGAGCAGCUGCUGCCAAACCUGAGAGCUGUGGGGUGGAACGAGGUGGAAGGCAGAGACGCCAUCUUCAAAGAGUUCCACUUCAAGGACUUCAACCGGGCCUUUGGCUUCAUGACCAGAGUGGCUCUACAGGCAGAAAAACUCGAUCACCACCCCGAAUGGUUCAAUGUGUACAAUAAGGUUCACAUCACCUUGAGCACCCAUGAGUGUGGAGGCUUAUCGGAGCGAGACAUCAACUUGGCCAGCUUCAUUGAGCAGGUUGCAGCUUCCCUCUCCUGA